CCGGCCGCCGGUAGUUGCGGUCCCAGUUCCGCGCAGCGCUUCCGAGCUGAAAGGACUGCAGCCACCGCCUGAGGUCAGGAGGAAUAGGUGGCGCCUAGAGUGCGGGUGGCCCAGAGCUGCGGCAGCCCCCGGAGGUGGAAGCUCCCGAGAGGAGCCGAGCAGCUUGCAGGGAGUAGCAGGGCGCCGGCAGGCCGGUGUAGGGGAGACCCUGCAGGAGGCAUGGCCGGGCUACGAGCCAAGCUGGGCCCAGGGCGCGGGCUACUGGUGUUGUCCACGCUGGGUUUUUGCCUGAUGCUGCAAGCCAGUGCCAAGAGGCCUCCUAAGACGCCCCCCUGCCCACCCAGCUGCUCCUGCACCAGGGACACCGCCUUCUGCGUGGACUCUAAGGCAGUGCCCAAGAACCUGCCUUCAGAGGUCAUCUCCCUGACCCUGGUGAAUGCUGCUUUCUCGGAGAUCCAAGAUGGAGCCUUCUCCCACCUGCCCCUGUUACAGUUCUUGUUACUCAACUCCAACAAGUUCACGCUCAUUGGAGACAAUGCCUUCACAGGACUGUCGCACCUGCAGUACCUCUUCAUCGAGAACAAUGACAUCUGGGCACUCUCCAAGUUUACCUUUCGAGGACUCAAGUCCUUGACACACCUCUCACUGGCCAACAAUAACCUGCAGACACUGCCCAGAGAUAUCUUUCGUCCCCUGGACAUCCUGAGUGACUUAGACCUCCGGGGCAAUGCACUUAACUGUGACUGCAAGGUGAAGUGGCUGGUGGAGUGGCUGGCACACACCAACACCACCGUGGCCCCCAUCUACUGCGCCAGCCCGCCCCGCUUCCAGGAGCACAAGGUGCAAGACUUGCCUCUUCGGGAGUUUGACUGCAUCACAACCGAUUUCGUCCUCUACCAGACACUGGCCUUCCCGGCGGUGUCAGCGGAACCCUUCCUCUACUCCAGCGACCUCUAUUUGGCUCUGGCCCAGCCAGGUGCCAGCGCCUGCACCAUCCUGAAGUGGGACUAUGUGGAACGACAGCUUCGAGACUAUGAUAGAAUUCCAGCCCCCUCGGCCGUGCAUUGCAAGCCCAUGGUGGUGGAUGGCCAGCUCUAUGUAGUCGUGGCCCAGCUGUUCGGUGGCUCGUACAUUUACCACUGGGACCCCAACACCACACGUUUCACCAAGCUGCAGGACAUCGACCCACAGCGUGUGCGGAAGCCCAACGACCUGGAAGCCUUCCGCAUCGACGGCGACUGGUACUUUGCAGUGGCCGACAGCUCCAAGGCGGGUGCCACUAGCCUCUACCGUUGGCACCAGAAUGGCUUCUAUUCCCACCAGGCCCUGCACGCCUGGCACCGUGACACUGACCUCGAGUUUGUGGAUGGGGAGGGCAAGCCACGGUUGAUUGUGUCCAGCAGUUCUCAGGCACCUGUCAUCUAUCAGUGGAGUCGUACUCAGAAGCAGUUUGUGGCCCAGGGAGAGGUGACCCAGGUACCCGAUGCCCAGGCCGUGAAACACUUUCGUGCCGGCCGAGACAGCUACCUGUGUCUUAGUCGCUACAUCGGUGACUCCAAGAUCCUGCGCUGGGAGGGUGCCCGUUUCUCUGAGGUGCAGGCCCUUCCCUCCCGGGGUUCGCUGGCCCUGCAGCCCUUCCUGGUGGGUGGCCACCGCUACCUGGCACUGGGCAGUGACUUCUCCUUCACGCAGAUCUACCAGUGGGACGAGGGGCGACAGAAAUUUGUACGGUUCCAGGAGCUGGCUGUACAGGCCCCUCGGGCCUUCUGCUACAUGCCGGCUGGAGAUGCCCAGCUGCUCCUGGCCCCCAGUUUCAAGGGACAGACACUGGUAUACCGACAUGUUGUGGUGGAUCUCAGUGCCUAGAGGGAAGUUAAGUCCUUUGGGUUCCUCAGGGUGGCGCUGUAUGGUGGGUGGAGACUUCUGUGAGCAACUUGUGGCUCCAAGUGAAGUCACACGGGGUUAACCUAUAUCUGUGCCCCCCCACACACACACACAUACACAGAGAGGUGGGCCUGGGCACAUACCAGGGAAGCCAUUCCCAUUACUGUAAUCACCUAUGUAUGCCCCGGGCACCCAGUGUUCAGGUUCUCCUCUAUGCGUGCACCAGUGGUCCCCUUUAUCUACAGUGCCCCCAUGCUCCACUCCCUGGCUGAUGUGCCUGAGUGACGCAGCGGGUGCAGGAAUGGGUGAGCCAUGACCUUCUCUUCUCGGCUCAGCCUUGUGCCCUCUGGCCUUUCCUGUGGAUGCUCAAGGUGCUUGGGUACCUGUUCAGCAUCCACAGUGGCAGCCUCCCUCCAGGUGUGCCCACACUUCCAAGUGUGCCUGCCCACGCCAUGCUCCUUCUGCAUGCACCCGUGGACAUACUGUUGGACAUACUCAGUUACGUGCUUGUGCAGACCCGGCCACACUCCUGUUUCCAUAUAUGCACAUGUCUGGGAGGGUGCACACGUGCUGGGUGCUAAACAAACAGGCUUCCCUGCUGUCACCUAGCUGCUCUUCUUGGAGGGUGCCCAGCGCACCCUCACCUCCUCUGCUCACCCCAGUGUGCCCCCUAAUUAGGUGGCUAAUAAGGAUAACAGUAAGCAUGGCCAUGGCCUCCUGGGGACAAAGCACCUUCAUCCUCAAGCAAUAAUAGCCACAGAGGCAGCAGCAACCGGGUUCUUUGCAGUGCAGUAUGCCUUUCUUCUCACUGGCGUUUUCUUCCGUGACUCAAUCCCAGCUCACCUGGACACAGGUGGAAAGGCUUUCUCUGGAUAGCUAUUGCUUUAUCAAGAUCGGGCCGUCUCCUCUCUCUCCCCCGGCCUGUGGGACGUGGACCCUGAACUGUGACUGCUCCUUGGGUGGAUAUCAAAACUGGCCAAGACAAGAAGCCUGAGAACAUCUGAGCCACUCCUGUGAGUGCCCGGGACACGUUGGGGCCCCUGGCACCUCUCCAUUACACGGAGAUGCGCCCCUGGAAGCGUGGCUCAGUGGAGGCUGGAUGUGGUUGGCAGGGAGGACACCUGGGAACCAGGCUUCUGCUGCCCUCUGCUGUCCAUGGGGAACAGCAGCCCAGAAGCAGGAAAUGGCCAGAUUGAGAGGAUUUCUUACGGCCUAAUGCCCUGGGGCACCUGGGGGCAACGCUAUUCACUUGCUUCAAAUAAAAAG